AAAAUCAUGUCACGCUUUUUAAGAACCCAAACAGACACUCUGGCUUUGGAAAACGCUGCUUUGACAUAGUAAUUAGUUAGAAAGAGAAGGAGAAGCUGCUGUGGAGUGAACACAUGUUGUAUGUUUCUGACCCGGUGACCCGCUGAGCGACCCUGACACUGAGCAGUACGACGGGAAUGCGACGUCUAUUCUUAACAGAUUUGUAUUUGAACUUUAGGACCUCUUGAUCCGUGAUAGCUGAGACCUCGGUUUGUUGCCAUACCACAUUCACAAAACUACAGUGGCGAGUCGAGCCACAUACUAUUUUUACAUUAGUCACGUACACUUCCUCCCACUAACCAGCUGCAACCCCCCCCAACACACCCACUUUUUCUUGGCACGGUAAGAUGGAGUAAGUUCGACGGCUCUGCACUCCACUCCGGACAAGUCCAGCCAUGUGCUGAUCCAAAGCUCUUUCUCAGGACAAAAUGGAGAUUAGCGUGAAGGACACUUGCACCGGUCUGUUGUGGAUUUAACAUGAGCAGCGUACAAACAUCACCGGCAGCCUUGAGAGGAGAGGAUGAGGCGAGCACGCUUGGACAAAGUCGUCCCAGCAGCCUCUGAGGAGCCGACACCUCGACUUCUUCCUCUGGACUUUGUUUCACCGGCAACAUGCAGGAAACUCGUGUGUCUCGUUGGUACUUCGGUGGCGUCUCCUCCAGCGCAGCUGCCUGUUUAACUCACCCGCUGGAUUUAAUUAAGGUGCACUUGCAGACGCAGCAGGAGGUGAGGCUGAGGAUGAUCGGCAUGACGGUGAACGUGGUGAGGAGAGAAGGUUACCUGGCGCUCUACAGCGGCCUCAGCGCGUCUCUCUGUCGGCAGAUGACAUAUUCUUUGACACGGUUCGCCAUUUAUGAGACUGUCAGAGACAAGAUCACCAGAGAGAACAAAGGUCUGAUGCCGUUCUACCAGAAGGUCCUGCUGGGUACAUUUGGAGGGUUUGCAGGCGGCUUCAUCGGGACUCCAGCUGACCUGGUGAAUGUCCGAAUGCAGAAUGAUGUCAAGCUGCCGGUCGAGCUGCGGAGAAAUUACGCUCAUGCGCUGGACGGACUGCUGCGUGUUUGGAAGGAGGAGGGAGUGAGGAAGCUGUUCUCCGGCGCCACGCUGGCGUCCUCUCGAGGUGCGCUGGUCUCCAUCGGACAGCUCUCCUGUUACGACCAGUCCAAGCAGCUGUUUCUGUCCACGGGUUACCUGACCGACAACGUCCUCACACACUUCCUGGCCAGCGUGUUUGCAGGCGGCUGCGCCACAAUCCUGUGCCAACCCCUCGACGUUGUUAAAACCCGACUAAUGAAUUCGAAGCUGGAGUACAGGGGCGUGUUUCACUGUCUAACGGAGACUGCAAAUCUGGGCCCGAAGGCAUUUUACAAGGGUCUCGUUCCGGCGGCGAUCCGUCUCAUCCCUCACACCGUCCUCACCUUCAUGUUCCUCGAGCAGCUCAGGCAGCAUUUCGGCGCCGUGGUCGUCUGCUGAGCGAUUCCUCGUCAACUUCAGUGGGUUUCCCACGUCGGACGGCUUCGAUCAUCAACUUUAAUCAUCAGGCGGCUAAACUGAACUAAACUGAAUGAGCUCAGUCUCUUCGAUCUCUGAACAAACUAGAGGCCAUCUUGCAGGUCGGGCAAGAUGGCCUCUAGUUUGUUCAGAGAUCGAAGAGACGCGGUGGGCUGAGGCACGAAGCGGCCCGUCAUGGCUGGUAGUAACGUUUUAACACUUUCAAACCGCGAGAACGCCAAAGUCCAACUGUGUGACGAUACUUCCAAUCAGCUGUAACAGAGAGCAGAUCCAUGUAGUCGUCUGUCGACAUCCAUCUGUCUGUUUAACAUCACAGUUUGGUCAGGAUUAGACUUAAAUCCACCGUCUUGUUUUUUUCGUGACUGAAUAAAACAAGCUGACCUCAAAGGACAGUUCAAUUUCAUACUGUUUUUACUUUGUUUUUUUUUUCUAAAUUCAAACCAUGUUUCUGGGGACCUUCUCUUUGUCCUCUGAGAGCAGCUUUGUUUAUUCAGUUUGAAUUAACUGUAAAUAUAAGAAAAAUCUGAGUUUGAACUUCUUCUCCAAAACAACACAGUGUCUUUUUUUAAAAUUAUUAUCAAGAGCUGCAAUUUCACCGCUCAACUUAUAAAAAGCAGCCAGAGAAACUAAAAAAAAAACAUGUCUAAAAUGUGAAAGAGCAUCAUCCUGCGAUGUCGACUGUUGUUCAUGUGAGGUCGAUGAGCAGAGGUGAAAUGUGAGAACUUUGACACGGUGUCCUGGUUGAACUUCACUGCACACACAGAUUUAAAAGCUCGGAUGAAGCUGCUGGAUGAAUCUGCUAACACGAGACCCUCUGGGUGUCACACUGAGCCUUUGUUUUUAAUUUCCUUACGUUUGUAAUCAUGCAGAAUCUGAGCGUCUCUGUGCCGGUGGCAGUUUUUAGGUGAAACAAGUUGAUUAUCUUUUUUUCAUAUUGAGUGAAAGUGUUGUGAAAUGUGCGCUGGAGGGCGUCGCUACGAGGAUCUCAGUUGUAAAUCCAUCUCAUGAACAGUGCGCUGAGGAAAAAAUGCUGUAACUGAUUUAAUUAUAUUAAUUAAAAAACAAUCGUUUCUUGUCUGCUUGUGGGCCUUGAUGAUGAUUUGUGUCCUUACGCAGCUUCUGUCAGGUUCAAACUUUAAAACAACGCCGCUGUGCUUUCAUGCAGACGAGCAGCCGGCUCGGCUCCAUCUGAAGAUUCGUUUCUGAGAAACAGAGUUGUGAGUCUUGGUUCGGGAGCAGUUAUGUGGGUUUGUGGCUCUUUUCUUGAACAUUUCAUAUUGUUCCAGGUAUUAUUUUCACCUUUCACUGAGAUGCACAAUCCAUCAUGUUCGACUUUAAAGGACACCUG